AAAAAAAAGUUACCAGCGGGAAGAGUAGCUUUUUUUCCAAAUAAAAAUAUCUCAUUGACUUCCAAAUCAAAUCCAAACCAGUCCGACGCCCAGAACACGCAUCUGAUCGAGAAGUGCAACAUACAAUGUUUGAAUGAAGAAACUUGGACACAUUAAAAAUCCAUAAAAGAAUUUUGAGAAGCUGCUGAAAUGGAAGACGGUUACUCUAUUGCGAGGAGAUGGGAGGACCUGGACACUGAUGUUUUGGUGAAGAUUUUACAGUCCUUCAACGUCUUUGAGCUAACUUCAGGCAUUGCUCAUGUGUGCAGUGCAUGGCGUAUGGCUUGCUGCGAUCCUCUGCUUUGGAAAACACUUGAUUUAUCAAUGUUGAAAUCCAAUUUCAUAAUAAUCCUAUUAGAUCCAUAUGUUUAUGUUGAUAGCCGUUCUGAUAAGAUGCUAACUCGUCUGUUGAAGAUUUCUUUGAGUCUCAGCAAGGGAAACAUAACAACUUUGAUUUUCCAUUUCAACCUAUAUGUGAGCGAUGAUCAGUUGACUUACACUGCUGAAAGGUGCCCAAGGCUCAGACGGCUUGUUCUGCCGGCUUGGAACAGAAUAAAAAAAACUGGAAUAUGCAAGGCCAUUGGCACAUGGAAAGAUCUUGAAUCCCUGACAAUGCCUAAGAUAGCAAAUCCCCCAUACCUCAUGGAGGAAAUUUCCAAGAACUGCAAGAACUUUAAUAAACUGAAGAUUAUGGGCCCUUUUGAUGUUUUAUUUGCUUCUACACUAGCUGCAUUUCUUCCAAAAUUGAAGGUCCUAAGUCUCCGAUGCUCAGUUGUAUAUAAAGAUGCUCUGAUAAUAGUUUUGGAUGGUUUGCAACACCUAGAGGUGCUUAACAUAUCGCAUUGCCUUCUGAUAGAAGUCCUUCCACCUCCUGCAUCUAAAAGAGUUGUUAAAGAAAUUGAUGAAUCUAUCCGCAGAAGGGCUUCUCAGUUACGUGAAUUUUUAACAUGCAUGAAAGAUUCAUGCAUUAUGUGCCAGCGAACGAAAAAUGACGAGGGACUCAUGAGGUGGUACAAGUAUGAGGAAGGGCUUUGGAAAGCAGAUGAGGGCUAAGUAUGGCGGAAAGUCGAUCUGUUGCUCUCCAGCAUCCGACGACCAUCACAUGCCCUACCGUAGAUUUUCCAAGGCACCGAUCUUUCAGACGAGCAAAGAAUUUCGCCGAACGUUGUUGCGCGAUCCAAAGUGGGCGCAUGAAAUCCACGCGCCAUCGCAAAGGGUGCUAUUUUGCCACUACACGUGGCUUUUUUGUGUCCAAGGCCACCGGUUACUUCAAACCUGACUGACCGCCAUACUCCCAUUGUGGCGUGUGACUCUCACACACCAUCAUAGUCACUUUGUUUGUUUUUUUCCUCCAAAGUUGAAAAUGCAGUUCUCUGUAUUUUUAAGAUGUAAUUCGUUCUUUUCCAUGUAUCUUUAAUUUCUGUUAUGUUUUUUGUUUUGAAAAAAUAAAAACAAAAAAAUACAUAAUCUCUUGGACUUUUGUUCAUAGAGUGUGUCUCUUGAACUUUUUGUUUAUAAAGUGUGUCUUCUACUCCGUCUUAGACAGAGUAUAGGAUUUGUAAAUUCUAUCUUGGACAGAGUUGUACUGUCUCUCAGACGGUGGUCUGUAGAGGUUUGCAAUAUAAACUAGAUCAUGUUAGUCACAAUU